AUGAAGGUGCGUCAGCUGCUCGGCUGGACACGCCCCGCCACGCCCACAGACAUGGCGGAUCUAGGCAGCAGCAACAACAGAGACCACCACCACUACGACGAGGACGAGGGACCCCCGUUCGAACCCGACAUGGGCAAGCUCAGCAUCGACGAUCUGACCACGCCCGAGCCCGGCGCCCCACGCGCGGGCAACAACAACUGCCCCAAGGAGAUGGAGGCCAAGCAUGAAGACGGACCAGAGGAACCGGAAGAUAAGGCGUCGACGAUCUUCUCACCGGCGUGCAGUGCCCCCGAGAAAGGCGCGACUCGACCUCGGACCUCCCGAUGCGGUAGCGACGGCAGUAGCGACAGCAGCACUGCGUCUUCGUCUCGGUCUCGGUCGGGUGCAGCCAUCCCGACGAGCUCUGGAUCGUCAAUGGCUGCUGCGGGGGUCCAGAUCGCGUCCCCCACGGCGUCGCCUGUCCCCAAGGUGACGUUCCGCAAGGGCGAGAAGAGCUUCCUCGACUUCCACCAGCACUACGCCAUAACCCGGCACUUGGGCGAGGGCUCGUACUCGACGGUCAAGCAGGUCACGCACCGCAAGAAGGGCGGCUUCUACGCAUGCAAGAUCGUGGACAAGUUGAGUCUCUCGGACGUGGAUCGCGCCGCGCUCUCGCACGAGGUGCGCGUGCUGUCGAGCGUUAGCCACGUCAACAUCAUGCGGCUGUACGAAGUCAUCGAGGACGACGCCAAGUGCUACCUGGUCACGGAACUGGCGGAAGGCGGCGACCUGUUCGACCGCAUCGUCAAGCAGGGCAAGUUCCCCGAGCGCGAGGCGCAGAAGGUCACGGCUGCGCUCGUGGAGGCGCUGCACUACUGCCACACGCACAGCAUCAUCCAUCGCGACGUCAAGCCCGAGAACGUGCUGCUGUCUGGCGACGACGUGAAGCUCUGCGACUUCGGCUUCGCUCGACAACUCAACCACCAGGAGGAACAGGCCUCGGACUCGUGCGGUACACCAGGCUACGCGGCUCCGGAGAUCUUGGACGGACGUUCGUACGGCCUCGAAGUGGACGUGUUCUCGCUCGGCGUCGUGACGUACAUCAUGCUGUGCGGCUACCCCCCGUUCCCCAUGAAGCUCGCGCAGCUACGAACACAUCGGUUCAAUGUGCGCUACCCUUCUAAAGACUGGGCUGCCAUUCACCCGGACGUCAAGACACUCAUUUCCAAGAUGCUGCAUGUCGACCCGAAGGAGCGGCCGUCGAUGGCCGUGCUGCGGUGUCACCCGUGGAUCCAGGCGGGUAGAAUCACGCUCGAGCGUCUGCGUCGAGAGAACGAGGAGCGUCGGCGUCUUGCAGACCUCACGCGACGUCAGCAGGCAGCGUCAGCGAUCCGCAAGAAGCUGGUUAUGGGCGGCUUUGAAGCCGUCAAGUACGGCCGCAAUGGGCUCCCGCAUCGUACCAAGCUGCGGUUGUCGACUGACGGUAAAGUUCUCAGCUGGCAGCCCAAGCUGCUCAAGCGCAGCUUGCUACGCUACCAGAACGCGCGCAGCUUCACGAGUUUGUUUGGUAUUGGCGGCAAGGAGAACAACGGGACGAGCCAGCCGGAUCUGCACGCUGCGCAACCCGAAGCAAACAGAAUCCCGGCUGGUGGUGUCGCCGGUACGCCUAGGCCCGACCCGGAGGAGUCCGAACAGAGUGCUAACGCUUCGUCUCCCCAUUCCUGUGACAGCUCGAGUAGCAGCACUUCCGACGCUAUUAACGAGAAGCGUCUGUGGUGGCGCUCGCUGCGUCGGGAACGGGGUGCGAAGACUGAGCGCACUGCGAGCGGCGGAUUCACGCUCAACUUUGCCACUCGACAGACCGGCAGCACCCCGUCAUCGCCCAUAACCCCUCCAGCAGCGAAGAUGCUGCGCAUGCGGUCACCAAGCGCGACUCUGGAGCAGCCCGUGACCCCGUCAGCUACAUCUCCGGAUCGCCUGGACGACUCCAUCAAGCUGCACGACAUCCGAGAGAUGCUUGACGGUGACGACGCCCCAUUCUUCGCCGGUCACGCCAUGAACCUGCCCAAUACUUCCAAGCGCGCAGUGGACCCGGCGUGCGUGCUGUCAGUGUGCACUCGGUUCCGCGAGCUCCACCUCGAGUUCCCGAACGAAGGCGUACGCGAUGGCUUCAUGUAUUUACUGCAGCAGGCGACGCUGCCACUUCAGCAGAGCGACAAGCGCCAGCCUCCGCGUCUGAUGAAGUCGACAUCUGCACCGCCGCCAGCUCCGAUCAAACUGCCUGACCGAGUUCAGGAACCUUUUGUGCCCAUGACGCCACCCGAGGAGGAGUCCAAGAUGCAGUCCGAUGAACAAAGUGUAAUGAUCCAGCAACAAGCCGACAAAACGAACCGCCGUGAACAUGAACAUAGCAGUCGACCGGAAGUCGACGACGAAGAUGUCCAGACCGUAGCGAAGGAAGCGACGGCCGCCAGCCCCAACAACCAGGACGAAUGA